ACAGCUAUAAAUUGUUUAUAUGCUGAUCAUUAUUAUGUUGCCAAGUGAGUGUGAUAAGAUUUGAAUGAUUGAAGUGAGCUACUUUUGACAAAUAUAAUACAAAUCUAAACUCGCAACAUAACAAAAUUCGUCUGUUGGCAUACAGUUUAUAUUUUCGGAUUAUUUUCUUUAAUAAAGCUUCAGCGUUAAUGGAUAAUGAAAUGAAAACAUUCAUCCCAAGUACGGAUGUACUCAAAAAUGAGGAAAACAACGGGAUAAGAAAACGAGAGACAUGGUCAAGAAAGUUAGACUUUCUUAUAGCUUGUUGUGGCUUCUCUAUUGGAUUCGGAAAUGUUUGGAGAUUUCCAUUCCUUUGCUAUAAAAAUGGAGGAGGUGCAUUCUUGCUUCCAUAUUUUCUGUGUUGCAUAAUUGGUGGAAUCCCUACAUUCUUCCUCGAGGUUUCUGUUGGUCAGUUUAUGUCUGAGGGCGGCAUGAAUGCUUGGAAGAUCUGUCCACUGUUUCAAGGCUUUGGUAUGGCCUCUGCAGUGAUUAUUUUUCUUUCCAACUGUUACUACAACCUUCUCCUGUCCUGGGCCUUCUACUACCUCUUCGCUUCUUUGACAACGCGAUUGCCUUGGUCUCACUGCGACAAUGAAUGGAACACGCCAGAAUGCACUGCGGGAUACAGCACAGAGAAAAAGUGUGUUCUCUCAAAUAAAUUGGUUGUCUCGAAUGUAACGAACCUCAAAAACAUUACACACGAUCCAAUGCUAAAAUGCAAUAAUGAAAUGAUGAGUUUAAAUGUAUCACCACUGCCAGGUCCAGUCGCAGAUGUGGCGACCCAUAUUGCGAAGACAAAUGAAACCUACGUGUCGGAUCCAGUUACAGAGUUUUGGGAAAGGAAAGUCCUCGACAUAUCUGAAGGUGUGCAAGAGCUUGGCAUGAUUAAAUGGGACAUUUGCCUUUGUCUGAUUCUAGCCUGGAUUGUUGUGUACUUUUGUAUCUGGAAAGGCAUUAGGAGCUCCGGAAAGGUGAUGUACGUCACCGUGUCAAGUCCUUACAUUUUGAUGAUGAUUUUGCUGAUACGAGGUUUAACACUAGAUGGCGCUGUGGACGGAAUUAAAUACUAUCUUGUACCUGACUUUUCUAAACUUCUAAAAUUGCAGGUGUGGGCUGAUGCCGGAAACCAAGUUUUUUAUUCUUACUCACUGUCUGUCGGAACGUUGACAGCGCUUGGAAGUUACAAUAAGUUCGAUCACAAUGCUUACAGGGAUUCCUUCCUGUUUGCUUUGGUAAACAGCAUGACGAGUUUUUUGGCGGGCUUUGUCAUAUUCUCGGUACUUGGUUUUAUGGCUCUAAAACAGAAUGUUUCCAUAGAUCAAGUCGCUGAAUCAGGUCCAGGACUGGCUUUUAUUGCAUACCCAGAGGCUGUUGCCCAGAUGCCUUUAGCACCUUUUUGGUCUGCAGUUUUCUUUCUCAUGCUCAUUCUACUUGGGCUUGACAGUCAGUUCGGUGGCGUAGAAGCUGUAGUAACAUGUGUUGUCGAUCUGUAUCCAAAUGUAUUCCGUAAAGGUUACAGGAGGGAAGUUUUAGUCGCAGUAAUUUGCCUUAUUUCGUUCCUGAUUGGACUCUCGAUGGUCUGCCAGGGAGGCAUGUACGUAUUUCAGUUGUUUGACUACUACUGUGCCAGCAGGACUGUUUUCGUUAUCACCUUCUUAGAAAUGAUCGUCAUUUCUUACGUUUAUGGUAUAAAUCGUUUCUAUGACAACCUGGAAAUGAUGUAUGGGCGCCGUGUAUUUCCAGCGUUUAAAUUGUUUUGGACGUUCCUGACACCAAUUUUCAUCUUGUUUCUGUUCAUAGUUGGUGUCAUUUCAUACUCUGAACUCAAGUAUGACCGGAAGUCUGUAGAAUACCAUUAUCCCCAAUGGGCAAUAGGAAUAGGCUGGGUUAUGGCCCUUGCUUCCAUUGUUUGGAUACCCAUAGUUGGCAGCUAUAGAAUUUACCAAGCUGAGGGAACGUUUCUUGAGAGAAUAAAAGAGGCGACAAAACCAAAGCUGAGGAAACAUCAACUUCGCGCCAAAGAGGACUUUUCAAAAAUAAAUUACAUAGGAACUGAAUGCACAUUAGACAUCGAAUCAUAGGCUGCCAACGGAGAAAAAGCAGAGAUUGGCAAUACAUUCGCGGACACAGGAUUUCAGAAAUACUCUUCGAACGAAAGUGCUUUUAACACUAUUAUAUCAAAAAAGUGUACUCAAUAAAUAUACUCAUUUAUCAUACACUUGUAUAAUUCCAUUCAAAAUAGAUCAGUAAAUAUAUCCUUUUAACAUAAUGUUUUACUUUGUAUAACAGAACAGAGUUAAAGUACUUACUGCCAUUAUCAAAAUACGGGUAAAGUGCAAAAGGAGAUACACUAGACUGAGCUGAAAUACCUCUACAGUUGUCCUCAAAUACCGUCAUACUUAAAUGAAACUGAUUUCGUUUGUUGGGGAGCUGCGGGAAUGCACUUGGUACAGAUGUUGAAAUUUGAUUUUACUCUCGCUGUUAUAAAGAAGUUUAAAUUAAAGAUUCCAGCUGAAAUAUUUUACUUUGGAAUUAAGAUAUACAAAAUAUACUUUUUCAACAACCAUAAUGAAAGUAAAUAUCAGCUUGUCAUUGAUUCAUUAAGAAAUUGGUGUCAUUUUCAUUCAGUGCUAAUGUAGCCGCUCAUGUGUUUUCAUGUUAUGACAUCUGCAUAAUCCUGAGAGAUCCAUUAUAGGCCUAGUCGGAUUAGACUUGGGCACCCGAUUAUCCCACGGGAUCCCGUCGAUGCUAUGACAGGAAACAAAAACGUAUUAACCCUUCUUCUUUAACGAAGACAAUGUAGAUUAUUACUGUGAAUACAAAAGUUCAUUCCUUCUCAGAACAAGUUUGAUUAUGCGAUAGAGAUUCGUAAGAAGUUUUCUCGUAGACUGUAGAAUGCAGAAUGCUAUACAUCAGAUGUAGAUAAUUACUGUGAAUACAAAAGUUCAUUCCUUCUCAGAACAAGUUUGAUUAUGCGAUAGAGAUUCGUAAGAAGUUUUCUCGUAGACUGUAGAAUGCAGAAUGCUAUACAUCAGAU